AUGGCAAGUGCGCAAAGAGUGAAAAAGCGGAGGGUGGAAACGUACGCAGCUGAGGAGCUGCGUGAACAUAUGCGUUCCUCCUGGCCAAGCGGUGUGACAGGCGAAGGGGAGGGAGCAAGAGAGAAUAACGCCGAACUGUGCGUUGAGCAUGACGCGCCGCACAGGCACUGUGGACUGGAACGCUGGAGUGUGCAGGGGCGCUUCGGCGAAAAUCGCCGCUUCGGUUUGUUUGCCUCAUUUUUCCGUUACGCGGUGACGGGGGACGAGGAGCUGUCAGACGGGGAGGACUCCGUUGUCUACGCCGCGGCCGUGUCGUGGGUAAUGGUGGACCAUGAGACGAAGAAGUAUUACCGAUUUAGCGAGCUGGAUCCUCGGGCACCGAUCUUGGCGGCGUACCUUGCGGCCAACGAAAAACUUGCAGGUGACGAAUACUUUCUUCAGGCCCUCUCCGAGCAGUUCGUCCAAGAACGGCUGCCGUUGCCCGAUCGAGCGAUGACAGAGCCGGCGUCCGUGCGUGCGGGUGCGCUGGAGCUGCGGUACGGGGAGAAUCAGCUGGUCGUGAUCCCGAGCAAAAAGAAGAGCAAAAAAAAGUCCCUCCUUGCUACAAACUUUCCCUCAGCGGCACGACCUUUGAGACAGGGGGUGCGGACCCGCAACAGGAGGUGA